CACAAACACACAGAUUGACACAGACAGCAUGGGCCUAGCAGACAAAGUCAGGAUGUGACAUCACUCACAGGAAGAGAAGCCAUACAGCGACUUGUUUUCUUCUGCUUUUCUCUCUGUGCUGCUGAGUGACGUUGGAGUCUCACGGUGUCUGUGGCCGGGAAGGAGGGAGUUGGGAGGCCUGGAGAGGGACAGGUCUGCCUGGAUGCAUGUCCAGCGGGAGUUCAUGUCAACGGAACUAUCCCUGGCCUUCCUACGACACAGAAUUCCUCAUCGUGCACACUUGGGACCAUGGCCAGAGUCAAUUCCUUGUGGUCUCAACUCUCUCCCAUGUAGAGGUCAGUGUUGUCCUCUCACUAGGAAAAGCUUCUCAGAGACAAGCUCAACCUAAACAAAAACAUGUGGUGAUACCAGUCCAAUUCCUUCUCAGGACGACCCCCCCGCCAUCCCGCCUCCCGCCGUUCCAUACAACACUACCACUGGACCAGCACCUACCCACUGGACCAGCACUUACCCACUGGGCCAGCACCUACCCACUGGGCCAGCACUUACCCCCUGGGCCAGCACCUACCCACUGAGCCAGCACCUACCCACUGAGCCAGCACCUACCCCCUGGGCCAGCACCUAACCCCUGGGCCAGCACCUACCCACUGAGCCAGCACCUACCCAUUGGACCAGCACUUACCCACUGAGCCAGCACCUACCCAUAGUGUCCUCUAUUAAGGCAAUGGCGCUCUGUCUCGGACAAGUCUUCAGCAAAGACAAAACAUUUCGGCCCCGGAAACGCUUUGAGCCCGGCACUCAGCGCUUUGAGCUGUACAAGAAGGCCCAGGCCUCCCUGAAGUCAGGCCUGGAUCUGAGGAAAGUGGUCCAGCUGCCGGAGGGGGAGAACAUCAACGACUGGAUCGCCGUGCACGUGGUGGACUUCUUCAACCGGAUCAACCUGAUCUAUGGCACGGUCAGCGAGUUCUGCACAGAGCGCACCUGUCCAAUCAUGUCUGGGGGCCUGCGCUAUGAGUACAGGUGGCAGGACGGACACGAGUACCGGAGGCCCACCAAGCUGCCCGCCUUGAAAUACAUGAACCUGCUGAUGGACUGGAUCGAGACCAACAUCAACAACGAGGACAUCUUCCCCACCAGAGUAGGUGUUCCCUUCCCUAAGAACUUCCAGCAGGUGUGUAAGAAGAUCCUGAGCCGUCUCUUCCGAGUGUUUGUACACGUCUACAUACACCACUUUGACAGCGUUUGCAGCAUGGGAGCGGAGGCCCACAUCAACACCUGUUACAAACACUACUACUACUUCAUCUCUGAGUUCAGCCUCAUCGAGCAUUCCGAGCUGGAGCCCCUGAGAGAAAUGACAGAGAAGAUCUGUAAUUAAAUCACUCGGACAGUUGAGUUUACAUCAUUUCAACAUUCCCAGAUGCCUUCAAGACCCAAAGGACAGUUGAGUUUACAUCAUUUCAACAUUCCCAGAUGCCUUCAAGACCCAAAGGACAGUUGAGUUUACAUCAUUUCAACAUUCCCAGAUGCCUUCAAGACCCAAAGUUUCGAAACUAUUCCGCCUUCAAACCAAAGGACAGUUGAAUGGAUGUGGGGGACCUGAACAGUGUGUUAUCAAUCCCAAGCAACACAUUGGUUCAGAAAAUGACUUUUUCAGCCUGGCUGUGGGCUUUUGUUUAAGCCCUGUUUCAUUAAACAUGUAUAUAUUUUUAUAUUGCAUGUUCUUGACAUUUUUAAAUGUGGAUAUUUUUUGUGAUUAUGAGAUGUUUGAGAAAUUUGUGAUGGACAGAAAGUGAAAUCCUAAACAUUUAAACAUGGAAUGUCCAAUUUGUGUCCUAGCCAACAGACAGCAAAAUAUACAAAUACCUAAGAAAUAUGUGUAAAUUGUCUGGCAAAUACAGGUUGAUAACAAAAAGCAAAACUUGGAAUUACGGAUUUACAAGAUUUAGCCUGAGACUACUCAGAUUGAAAUAUAUAACUGAUUAAGUUGCCAAACUCAAGACAAAAGGUUACCCACCAUAAAUAUUGUACUGCUGCAUGCCCUUAGUUUAUUUAGAUGUAAUCUUUAAGAUGUUUUCUUCAGUUGUGAUAAAAGAAAAUAUCUGAUGUUUUCA